CCGAUCGACGUACAAUCGCCAUGGCAAGCGGGACGACAGAGGUGGCUCCGCGCCAGCGCCCGACGCUCGAGUAUCUGCGUGGGAAGCGGGAUGACCCGAACGACGAGGAGUACAAGGCCAUGCUCCGAGCUAAGUGGACGUGCCACGUCAUUCGCCUUAAGAUCCGCAUUUUGCGCGCCCGGGGAACCGUGACCGAGGCCACCCUCAUCACGCGCAUGGGCACGACCCGCCACGCGUACGAUGACUUCAUGGCGCUCACCGAGCCAAUGGAUGGCGCCGACAAUCCGACGUACGCCGGCGGUUUGCACUAUUUCUACCAGGCCGAGAAGGUGGACGCGGAGAUGCGUGAGCUCCGCGCGAUGGCCUCCGAGUCGACAGCGGCGCAGCGCAAAGCCCGCCUGGCCAAAAAGGCCGCCGAGGCCGAGGACGAUGCGCCGCUCGCGCCAAAGAAGAAGAAGGCCAAGAAGGAUGACCCGAAGAAGAGCGCGGCGCCCAAGGUGCACAAGAGCUCGGACCGCCUCAACGAGAUCGAAGCGGUCGAGUUGCCGGAUGAGCUCAUGGUCUUUGACGACUGCGAUGAAGUCCGCGAGCACAUGCGGCACUUCUUCGAGGCAAAGGAGUGCACGCAAGGCGCGAUGGCCGCGCACUUCAAGUUCUCCGUCGGCUCGAUCCGCAAGUUCCUUGCGAUGCGUGGGCCGCGCCAGGGCAGUGGCAGCAUCGUGUACAAGGCCGCGUACUACUUUUUCGAGAAGCUACGCAUCCUCGAGGAGAAGCACAAGACGGCGAAGCGCAUCAUGAUGGAAGAAGCCAUGCCCCAAGGGUACGACCUCGUGCGCGACCCGAAGUAUACGCUGGUCAUGCGGAGUGAAUUGCACGACGACGACGACGAUGACGACUAUUAGCCUCCAAUGCUGA